GCAGCCUGGUAGGUUCGCGGGCACCGAGGGCGGCCCAGCUCCGAGCCCUGCGGCUUUCGCCCGCCGGAGCGAGAGCGGGCCGUAGGCGGCUCCUUCCUGUGCAAACUUUUCUGUCCUCUUCCUCCUCCCGCCCGCCCCACGAGCUUCUCGGCGCCCAGAGUCCAGGCUCCCCGCCCUUGGCGCUGCCUCGGGGUCGCCGCGCCCCGCAGCGCAGCCCUCGGCGCCGGCCCCACCCCGCGCUCCGGGCCGGCCGCCGCCUGAAGCCGAUGGCCGAGGCGGGCAGACGCUCGGUGGAGCCCCUGGGCGGGCCCGGCGGGCCGGCAGCGGCCGAGGCCCCCGAGUCCCAGGAGCCCGCCCCGCAGCCGGCGACGGCCCUGCGCAGGCUGCCCGGGGACCCGAGCCCCCGCGGCCGCUCCCAGAGCGACCUGUCGUCGUGCUCCAGCAGGGGCCGCCCGCUCCGGGUCCACAUCUCCGGCUCAGUUGAUGGACUGGACAAAGCUUCUCUAGCAAAUUCAGAUGGCCCAACAGCAGGCUCACAAACACCUCCCUUCAAGAGAAAGGGGAAACUCUCCACCAUCGGUAAAAUCUUUAAACCUUGGAAAUGGAGGAAAAAGAAGACCAGUGACAAAUUUAGAGAAACCUCAGCAGUAUUAGAAAGGAAGAUAUCCACAAGACAAAGUAGAGAGGAGCUGAUAAGAAGGGGCGUUCUUAAGGAGUUGCCUGAUCAAGAUGGAGAUGUAACAGUUAACUUUGAAAAUUCAAACGGGCACAUGAUACCCAUCGGAGAGGAAUCUACCCGAGAGGAAAAUAUAGUAAAAUCUGAAGAAGGUAAUGGCUCUGUAGCUGAAAAGGCGCCACCUCUGGAGGAGAAGGCAGAAGAUAAGAAAGAGAACACUGAAAACCACUCUGAAACACCGGCAGCUCCUGUUCCAUCUCCUCCAGCUCUUCCUAAGCCUAAACCCAAACCUAAGCCCAAAAAAACACCUGUGCCUCCAAAAGGGGCUGCCGCCGGGGUCAGCCCCAAGGGUGACGAAGUGCCUCCUAUUAAAAAAAUUACCAAGGCGCCCGGUAAGCAGGCCCCCAUCCCUCCACCCAAGCCAACAAGCCGAAACACGACCCGAGAGGCUGCUGGUUCCUCUCAUUCAAAAAAAACAACUGGGUCCAAAGCAUCAGCUUCACCAUCUACUUCCUCCACCUCGUCUCGUCCCAAAGCUUCAAAGGAGACACUUUCUAGCAAAACAGGGACAGUGGGAAUCACAAAGGGCAAGAAAAAAACUGGCAAGCAGCCAACCUCUCGAUUGUCCUCGGAUGCAACCACGUCUGGCAUGUCCGACCUUAAAGGAGAACCUUCUGAGAUGAGGGUGGAGAGUCUCAAACCUGAGCAGACUGUCCCCGGGACCGAGGAGCAGACCACAGGCAAAUCUAAGUCUGCAGUCCCCCCACCUCCUGUGGCUCCACCACCUUCUCCCCCCGCCCCUCCUCUUCCUCAUGAGGAGCAGUGCACUGUUGCCUCAGACACUCCUGUUGUCCUGGUCAGUGAUGGAGCUGACCUGCCCGUCCCUGCCUUAGACCCAAGUCAGCUUCUCUGGACCGAAGAGCCCACCAACAGAACCACUGUCUUCUCAGGCCCUGGCUUAAGUGUUAGCAGAGAAAAUGCAAAAUGUUUUACAACCAAAGAUGAGCCGGAAAAGGUAGCCCCUCAGCUGCUGACUCCUGGGCUGUUGGGAGAAUCUUCAGAAUCCUUCAGUGCCCCUGAGGACGAAGGCCAAAGGGAGUACCAGACCAAUGACUCAGACUCUGAUGGGCCUGUCUUGUACACUGAUGACGACGACGAUGAUGAAGAGGAUGAGGACGAGGACGGCAGUGGAGAAAGUGCUUUGGCAAGUAAAAUACGACGGAGGGAUACUCUCGCUAUCAAACUUGGCAACAGACCGUCAAAAAAGGAACUAGAGGACAAAAACAUCUUGCAGCGUACAUCUGAAGAGGAGCGGCAGGAGAUCCGACAGCAGAUUGGAACCAAGCUCGUCAGGAGGCUUAGCCAGAGACCCACGACCGAAGAGUUAGAACAAAGAAAUAUCCUAAAACAAAAGAAUGAAGAAGAAGAACAAGAAGCAAAAAUGGAACUUAAGCGCAGACUCAGCAGAAAGCUCAGCCUGAGACCCACAGUGGCAGAGCUACAAGCUCGAAGGAUCCUGCGGUUUAAUGAGUAUGUAGAAGUCACCGAUUCUCCCGACUACGAUCGCCGGGCAGACAAGCCCUGGGCCAGGUUAACACCUGCAGACAAGGCAGCAAUAAGGAAAGAACUAAAUGAAUUUAAAAGCACAGAAAUGGAAGUUCAUGAAGAGAGUCGACAGUUUACAAGGUUUCACCGUCCAUAACGAAGUGUGAGACUCUUUGGAAACAUGGACUGAUCAUCUUUGGGGGAAGCCUCUCUUCCUGAAAACCUGAUAUUGCACUGGGAUUUGAAUGUGUGUGUUUCCGUUUAACUGGUGAAGGAAGUGUAUGGGAAGUGCUCCCUGCCUGCAUGGCCCAGGUGGGGCCAACAAGCAAUGGGAGGGGUGCAGUGCCUCUGCUGUCCAGCAUGUGUAUUGAUGGUAAGCAACACCAUGGUCACACCAGUUAUCCUCCAUCGGGAGUUUUAAUCAAAGAAGAUGAGCAGAAGACAAUCGCUGGCUCCCUGUUACCAGAAAGCCAAAUUGUAGAGUACGGGUUAAAGAGAAAUCGGGGCCUGGAGCUGCUGGGCACGGGAAAGGGGUGGGGGUGGAAAAUCAGAAAAAAAGAGAAAUAUUUCAUUAUGUUAAUGAAGAAAAGAGAAAAUCGAAGCAUAAAUAUUUUUUUGAAGUAGGCUUUUGGUAGCUGAGAACUUACUAAGAUAUGGGACUCUAAUCACCUAAUGUGGAUUCCUUAAAGACCUGAUCCUAGAAGAAUAUUCUUGUUCCACCAUUAUGUUGCUGCAGUAUAGUACCAUUAUUUUGCGUUGUGCCAGUGAAUCCAAUUGCCAGAAAUAAGUCUGAGUGUUUUCAUGCAUCUUUUUCUUAAAUGCAAGAGACUUUUAUUGACUCUUAACAAGCAUGCCUGUCCAAAUUUUGUUGCAUGUUUUAAGUAGCAUAGCUAUACACACUUUUUUUUUAUACUCCUUAUCUAAUGUACCAAACUUCUACAAGGAUAACAGGACUGGGAAUAAAGUCAGAUGAAUGUGAUCGUAUAAAUCUGGAGGAAGCUUUAGAAAUAAAUCUUUUGGUCUUUCCCUAGCUUGAUUAUCUUCAAAAUUGAAGCAACCAUACUUGAUCUAAGGAAGAUAAUAUUGACAAUCACAGCACGUUUUUUAAAAAUCUGAGUCCAAAGUUAAAACUUAAGCAAAUGCAAGUGUUCUGCCAGCAGUUAGCUCUGAAUGGGCAUGGAAAGGACUACUUAUUUUCAGAGCUGCAUUAAGUUAGAUUGCUGCUAUUAAAAAAAAAUAAGUAUGUGGAUCAAAAAAGUACCCGAAGGCUUAAAAGAACACAGAAAAUUCCUGCUAAGUUGCAAGUGAGGAGAACCUCAUUUUGUAUUUUAAGAGUCUGCAGAUUGCAUCCGUAAAUAUAGCAUUGACUUGCAAUGCAAAAGAAUGAGUGAGAUUAAAGGUUUCUCUGUGAAGGAAGGUUUCUCUGUGAGCCUAUAGUCAGUAUUGUUUACAUUAAGAAACCCUCAAUUGCCAUCUUGCUAUUUUCCUUGGAGUUGCAGGCAAACUUCUGCUCCCAAAUACAUAUGAUCAGAUGUAAAUACUACCUUGCAUUCAGUUGUUCUUUCAUGAUUGUUUUGUGCUCCUUUUAUUAAAAACACAUGAGACAUAUAAUAACAAGA